AUGGGAUGCCGUUUUUCGAGGACUUCAAGUAGCACAGAAAUUAACUUGGAUUCAGCAGAUUUGGUAUCUCGAAAUUCUGUUAAUUGUUCAUUAAAAAGUAGUUCAGAGCAUCAGUGCCGAGCAAUGUCAGCUUCCGGAAAAUUUCAGAAAUCUCAUAAUUGGACAACAGAAUCUACUGAUUUGCAUAUUACUUCAUCUGAUUCAAGAAAAACUAUUAUUAAUUCUAGUCCCAAUGCUUCCCCGUUAAUGCGACGUGUUACACCGAUUCGAUCUACAUUCUUCGAUCAGAUCAAUCCCAAAUCAAAGCAAUCAUUUUGA